UAUUUGACAGAUGUCAACAACGCAGUGACGUUUCGCAAUUUACAUCGAAAAAUUAGCAAAUUUCGAAUCUACCUUAUUUUUUAAAAUGGAUUUAAUAAGUUCCGACCUCGUGGUGAAAUAAUGUGAAAGUUAAUAAACUAUACAGAAAAUAAUUGUCAAUAAAGAAAAACCACAAUGACGACGAAGGAAUUAUACACGAAGGGAGCCCGAGUAUGGGUGGAGCACCCGAUUAAAGUGUGGGAGGGCGCGACUGUCACCAACGAUUAUCGCUCUGGAGUGCUCCUAGUGCAGAUAGAUGACACGAAUGAAAUACGGCAGAUUAAGAUCACAGAUGAAAGACGCAUGCCGCCGUUGCGGAAUCCGUCGCUCCUGAUUGGUCAAAAUGACCUCACUUCACUUUCUUACUUACACGAGCCUGCGGUGCUACAUAACCUCAAAGUUAGAUUCUGUGACCGCAAUGCCAUCUACACAUACUGCGGGAUUGUACUCGUGGCUAUCAACCCUUACUAUGAUCUACCUAUUUAUGGUGACGAAACUAUUAUGGCCUACCGUGGCCAGUCUAUGGGCGAUCUGGACCCCCAUAUAUUUGCCGUAUCCGAAGAGGCCUAUACGAAAUUGGAAAGAGAGAGGCGAGACCAGAGUAUCAUAGUAAGCGGCGAGUCUGGCGCUGGCAAGACAGUAUCUGCAAAGUAUGCGAUGCGAUAUUUCGCAGCCGUCGGUGGGAAUGCCAGCGAGACUCAGGUGGAAAGGAAAGUGCUCGCUAGCAGUCCUAUCAUGGAGGCAAUAGGUAACGCGAAAACAACUCGCAACGACAACUCGUCGCGAUUCGGCAAGUUCAUAGAGAUCCACUUCGACAGCCAAUACCGGAUAUCCGGGGCCAGCAUGCGGACGUACCUUCUAGAAAAGUCUAGAGUCGUCUACCAGAGUAGUGGCGAGAGGAACUACCAUAUAUUCUACCAGCUGUGUGCGGCGGCUGCUAUGGACCAGUUGCCGGAACUGCAAUUAGAUCAUCAAGACACAUUCCACUAUUUGAACCAAGGCGGUAGUCCUGACAUUGAUGGAGUCGAUGAUUUCAAAACAUUCAAGGAGACUAAAAAUGCUUUAACUACUUUGGGUGUAACGGAGUCCGAGCAACAGAACAUGUUUACAGUGCUAGCGGCCAUCUUGCAUUUGGGCAACAUUCAACUGACGUCAGAGCCGGACGAUGGCGACCCGAAUAACCAAGAUGGCGCUUAUAUACACCCGCACGACAAGCACCUGAGCGCGGCGUGCGCGCUGCUGGGCGCGCCGCGCGCGGAGCUGGCGCGCUGGCUGACGCACCGCCGCAUCGCGUCCGCGCACGAGGUCAUCGUGUCGCGCAUGGACCGCCUGCGCGCCGCCUUCGCGCGCGACGCGCUCGCCAAGCGGAUGUACGGCGAGCUGUUCGCGUGGCUCGUGCGGGCCGUCAACCGCGCGCUCGACACCGGCAACGCGAAGAGGCACUUUAUCGGUGUCCUUGAUAUAUACGGUUUUGAAACGUUUGAAAUCAACUCGUUCGAGCAGUUUUGCAUCAAUUACGCUAACGAAAAACUGCAGCAACAGUUCAAUUCGCACGUGUUCAAGUUGGAACAAGACGAAUAUAUAAAGGAAGAGAUAUCGUGGCAAAUGAUAGACUUCUACGACAACCAGCCCUGCAUAGACCUGAUAGAAGACAGAUUAGGUAUCCUAGCGCUACUGGACGAAGAGUGCCGUGUACCGCAGGGCUCGGACAUGGGGUUUGUGGGGAAACUCCAUGAUAAGUGCUCCAAGUACCCGCAUUUCUUGAAGCCUAGGUUCGGGAACGCUGCUUUCAUCAUAAAGCACUUCGCCGAUAACGUAGAGUACCAGUGCGGUGGUUUCCUCGAAAAGAACCGGGACACGGUCUUAGAAGAACAACUGGAGUGUAUAAAGGCGUCGACCAACUGUCGCCUGAUACACUGCAUGUUUGCUGAGAGUCCGGUGGACCAAUCGGCCACUUUGCCGCCGCCUUCCAAGAGACGGACCACGCCGUCUCUCCCUGUGGGGAGUCUUACGCAACCGGGUCGGCGCGCGUCGGGGCAGAAGCAGACGGUGGGCGCGCAGUUCCGCGCGUCGCUGUCGGCGCUGAUGGGCACGCUGUCCGCCACCACGCCGCACUACGUGCGCUGCAUCAAGCCCAACGACACCAAGCAGGCCUUCCAGUUCGACGCGGCGCGCGCCGUCAACCAGCUGCGAGCUUGUGGUGUGUUGGAAACUAUACGAAUAUCAGCAGCCGGCUUUCCGUCUAGAUGGCUCUAUCAAGAUUUCUUCAAUAGAUACCGUCUUCUAUGCAAGUAUAAGGAAAUAGACCGCAGCGACAUUAAGAAGACCUGCUCCCGGGUGCUCGAGCGAUAUGUCACUGAGCCGGAUAAAUAUCAGUUUGGGGCUACUAAGAUAUUCUUUAGGGCUGGUCAGGUGGCGUACCUGGAGAAGGUGCGCGCGGAGCUGCAGCGCGCGUACUGCGUGCGCGUGCAGAGCUGCGUGCGCGGCUUCCUCGCGCGCCGCCGCUACGCGCGCCUCGUGCGCGCGCUGCGCGGCAUCCAGGCGCGCGCCCGCGGAUACCUCGCCCGCCGACGUGCCCAAGAGAUCCGCCGCAACCGUGCUGCGAUUAAAAUACAAAAGCACGUGCGGGGCUGGCUCGCCCGAAAGCGAUACAACAGGCUGCGGCACCUCGCGAUAGGUCUGCAAGCGAGAGCGAGAGGCUUCCUCGCCAGGAAGUAUUAUAAGGAGAAGAAAUUCUUGAAUGCUACGAUCACGAUACAACGCUACGCCCGCGGCUACCUCGCUCGGAAGAGGGCCAGGUACAUGAGACGACAGAUCAUCGUCGCUCAGGCAGCCAUACGCCGAUUCCUAGCCCGCAGGCAGUACAAGAAGCUACGCAUCGAAGCGCGAAGUCUGGACCACGUGAAGUCCCUGAACAAAGGUCUCGAGAAUAAGAUCAUAUCGCUGCAGCAGAAGCUGGAGUACUCGCAGGAGCGCGCCAAGAUGAUAGAGCCGCUGCAAGCGCAGAUCGCUGAGCUCAGGACGAAACUCGAACACCUAAAACAAGUGGAAAUGGAGGCGCGCACAUUGAAAAUAGACAUCGUAGACAAGGACAAUUUCCUUACCCUACUCCGUGAACAACUUGCGAAAGAGAAGGAAACAUGCAAGCGUCUGGCGGAGGAAAAGAGACAGAUAGAGAGCAAGUACAAGAAGGAGAAGGAAGAGAUGGAAGCGGAGAGUGAGAAGCUGGCGAAGGAGUUGAGAAGCAAUAAGGAGCAUUACGAGCUACUUAUCGAAGAACGCGAUAAACAACACGAGGCGGAGAAGAAGGCGCUCUGUCAGGAAUUGGAGAAUGAGAGACAGAGCAGACAGAAGCUGUUGUCGUCGCAGUAUGACCUGCAAGAGAAGAUCGACUCUUUGCAGAGAGCACCAGCACCAAAGGAACACAGACGCUCGCUGUCGGAUGCGAGCAAUAACUCUCAACAGGAGACUACUGUAGAAGACGAUUUCGGUUACGGGUCGGUGCGGUCGGUGGAGACGACCAGGCCGGCCCUGGAGGCGGUCAACUGGUCCGCGGGAUCUCAUAACGGACCUUCACCGAUCGCUGACGCCGGCCUAGUGCUGCGGAUGCAGAAUAGAAUAUCAGUGCUUCAAGGUGAACUCUCUCGAACUGCGAAACGCGCUACCGACCUGGAAGACAGGCUGCUGAACCGCCUCAUGCUGCCAUCGUCCAAUCCCAACACGGAUCGCUUCAAAGUGGAGGAAUUGGAGAUAGAGAAUAAGAAGCUGCGAGAGCAGAUCGACCGGCUGCGGGCUGCUGGCGACAGCAUCAUACUCUCCAAGGAAGUUAUCGAUCAAAUGGACACAAUGCAGAAGGAGCUGGACAGGCGCCGCGACGAGUGUGUGCAACUCAAGAGUGUGCUCACUCACCAGAAACCAUGGUUCCAAGCCCUGAAGAGUGUCACGGUGAAUCUGAAGUCGAUUGCGUCGAACUACGGUUCCGACGUUGACAUCAUAAACGAAGAUGGCGAAUUAGCUUCCGCUUACGAAGCUCAGAAAGGCAUCAAUAGGCAACUACAAGAAGAACUAACGUCCGAGAAGAAGUUCUAUUUGGAGCACAUCUCCAAGACUAAGGCUGAAAUCGAACGCCUCAGGGAGGAAAAUGAGAAGUACCAGAAAUUGCUAAGCACAGAUCUUAGCCAAGAACCUAAGAAUAAGAGUCAAGAAUAUGCCCAAAAUGAAAUCAUCCGAUUGGCUGCUGAAAGUAUGGCGAUUCAGGAAAGAGUUGACAAGCUAUCCGAAAGCUGCCGACGGUACAAGAACCAAAUCCGAAUGCUGGUAAAUAAAUUGAAGGAAGCGGGAAUCGAGGAUGUGCAAGAUAUAUUGGAGGGGGGUAAUGAUUCCGUGGUGACACAAAACACUUCACUACCGCUGGAGAUGGCGACGGUUACUCGCAAGAAGGAGAGGGAAUACCUCGGAAUGUUCGAGUAUAAGAUACAGGACGAGCCGAUGAUCAUAAAGAAACUCAUCCCCGACCUCAAGCCCCACAUCGCCGCGACCCUCCUGCCGGGCCUACCCGCCUACAUCCUGUUCAUGAUGCUGCGUCACACGGACCAUGUAGACGACGAGCCCAAGAUGCACUCCCUGAUGAAGGGCAUCCGCACCGGGGUCAAGAAGACGCUGAAAAGACGAGCCGACAGCGUGGAGUACAGCGCCCUCUGGCUGGCUAAUAUGUUGAGAUUACUAAACAACCUGAGGCAAUACAGCGGCGACGCGAUAUACCAAGCGAGCAACACGCCGCGCCAGAACCAACAGAGCUUGCGAAUUUUCGACCUCUCGGAAUAUCGCCAAGUGUUGAGCGAUAUCGCUAUAUGGAUAUAUCAGGGCCUCAUAAACCUCCUGGAAGGUCAACUCGACCGUCUCAUAGUGCCAGCUAUCCUCGAGUACGAAGAGAUCAGCGGGCUCUCGGGGCCCCGCGGAGGGGCCCCAGCCGUGCCUCCCGUGGCCCCGCCGCCGUCUGCGGGGCCGGCGAGGCUCAAACACGAGCUCGCAGUCACGCAUGACCAUCUGAAGAUGCACCAUGUGGAUGCUGGGUUACGGGUGAUGAUAUUCAAACAGCUGUUCUACUACAUCUGCGCGUACAGCCUGAACCACCUGCUGCUGCGCAAGGACCUGUGCUGCUGGGCCAAGGGAUUGCAGAUCAGGUACAACAUCUCGCACCUGGAGACCUGGAUCAAGGAGCACCUGGCGGAGUAUGGGCAGAAGAGUGUGGAGGAGACGCUGUGGGUGCUGAAGCCGAUCACGCAGGCGGUGCAGCUGCUGCAGGCGCGCAAGUCGAUGGCCGACGUGGCCAGCACCGUGGAAAUGUGCGCCGACCUCUCCGCCAUGCAAGUGUGCAAGAUUCUGAACAUGUAUACGCCAGCCGAGGAGUAUGAAGUCAAAGUGACUAAGGACUUCAUCCACGAGAUACAAAAGCUGAUGCAGGAGAGAGCGCCCAGCGCUAAUAGGGAACCGGUAAGUGUCCUUACUAACUCACACAAAAGUGUGUCUGUUUAUUUGUUUGUACCUCAGUCACGUCGAAACGGCGCGAUGAUAGUUAAGUUAAAAAAUGUCUCGGUCUGGGAGGACACAUGA